UCCUGUAGUCAAAGCUGGUCGUGACGUAUUUCUAAAGGGACGAUACACGGAUUUUACUACGCAUGCGCACAAUUUCAAUGUCAGCCGUGUGCUCCCAGAGGGUGCUUUAUAGUGGUCAUCAUGUUGUAUACAGCCUGCAGUGCCCUUCGAAUAGGGCAUGGAAUUGGGAAAACAUUAACACGAAGUAUGGGGUCCCUGACUUCUAAGAUGUCAGAAUACAGGAAAAUGUGGAGACCUAGGGAGCCAAAGGACUGGACUUUGCAGUACCAAGAAAGAUAUAUGCCAUUCUCUAAAAGUCAAUUGGUGACUUAUUUGGUGCAGGAUUUUCACUCUACAAGUGAAUAUGAAAAACAGUCAUUUCUACAUUUUGUGGAUCAGCUGGAACCCUCUCUUCUUCACACUUAUUACUCCAUUCUGGAAGACCUUCAGGACCUUUAUGAUCCAAUUAACCCAGACCGAGAUGCUUUGCUGGAUACAACUCUUGCAGACACAGAAAGAUUAUCCAGAGAAAAAAUGGUCCUUGAACAACUUAAGCCAGUGCUAGAUCAGGCUAAUUUCAAUGUCCUCUCUGAAGAUGCCUUGGCUUAUGCUUUGAUAGUACAUCACCCCCAGGAUGGCGUGCAGGUACAUGUGAAUCUUGAUAAAUAUGAGUAUAUCCGGUACUGGGCAGCAGGACAAAGAGUGGGACCCCUCUCUGCACAGAUGAGCACCUUGCAAAUAAACACCAAUCCACAGGAAUCAUUCUUUUCUAGGUCUCCUCGCACCCCACCAGAAAGGCGCUACUUUAAGAGAGUUGUGGUGGCAGCCCGACCUAAAAAUGGUCAUAUGGUGUUAAAAUGUUUUAAGGAUAUACCUCUCGAAGGAUUGGAACAGUUACUUCCAAUUGUGAAAGUCCGAACAUCCAGCUUUGAUCGCACCUUGCUGAACACAAUGCUUCUGGUCAGUGGAGGAAUCGUCUUUGUCAACGUGGGCAUGGUGGUCCUCACUGACUUAAAGAUUGGAACAUCUUUACUUCUCCUCUUCUUUGCUGGAUUCAUGUCUUUUCGGACUUGGAAGGUGUUUGAUCAGAGAAGAAAAGUACAUUCUUUGGAGCUUGCUCACAUGUUGUAUUAUAGAAGCACAUCUAACAAUUCUGAGCUUCUUGGAGCUCUCACUAUGAGAGCACAGGAAGAACACGCAAAGGAGGUCAUCCUGGCUCACUGCUUCUUGAAGCAACUUAAUAUCCAAAAUAACAGUAAUAUAACAGAUGGUGAAACUGCAAAGCUAGUGAAAGAACACGUGGAAGCAUGGCUGCAAACGAAAUCGGGAAUAGACAUUUCCUUCUCUGCCGAAAGAGCUCUCCAAAAUCUGAAGAAUUUCACAAACACAUUGAAGUAGAGGGGCAUGUAAGAAAGUAAACUGAUGCACAUAUGAAGAACAAUAUCUUUGCUGGGUGAAAGAUAUAUCAGUUUAAUAUUAUUGGCUCCGUGAAGCCACUUGCACUCUUUUUGUUAAAUUGAAUUAUGCUGCUAUUGGAUUAUGUAUGUGAAUCCCAAAGACGCUUGAGAUAUAUAUCCAGUCAGUAAUACGGUCAACUUUGGGAUAGCUUUAUAUUUUGAAUUGUGUCUCUAAACACUAAAGCUUUUAUUGUAAAUGCAAAUAUGCUGAUGUAUUUUUUUGCAAAUGGAUGAAUGUAUCUACUGAUGUGUUUCCUUUUGUUACCUUGUACUUAUUUAUUAUUAAUGGCUACAGGCUUUAAGUGGCAUUAAAGCAAAAACCAGUAGUCGGAGAGCACAAAUGUAAAUCCCAUAAAUAGAGUUCUGCUGAUUUUACUGUAUUAUAAACUUUACAGCACUUUAGCCAUUGCUAGUUGUACAGCAGGUAAAAUAGCAAUGUACAUUUAAAGAUAUCCUUUUUUUGUGGCAUAUGCAUUCAAGUUUCCUUUUUAUUUCUUCCCUGCCAUUGCUUUACAAAUAUCUGCACACCCUGUAAUUAACACCAAAUCUCAAAACUAUUUUCCUUGAUUUUGAAGCCAGAAGGGCCUAUUUAUCAAGGGGUGUCAAUCAACCCGAUUGUACUCAAUCGGGUUGAAUUCCGGCGAUUCCUGUCCGCCUGCUCAGAGCAGGGUUCACAAAGACCGCUGCUUCAUAACUGCUGUUUCUGGCGAGUCUGAAGACUCGCCAGAAACACGGGCCCACAAGCUCCGUUCGGAGCUUGAUAAAUGGGCCCCAUUGAGUUGAUACCUUAGACAUCUUCAUCCCAGUACAAAAAUGUUGACAGCAAUAUUUUUUAUGAACUAAAUAUAGCAGGGAUGAAAAACCAUCUAAUUUCUUUAAUUAGGUGGUGAAAGUCCACAAGCCAUUACUCUUGGGGAUAAAUUCCUGGCUACUAGGAGAAGGUAAAGAUACCUAAUAUUUCACAAGCUUUUAAUCCCUCUCACCUCUCUAGUAUGCCAGACUUAUGAUUUGACUCUACAGGAGAAAGGUGAAGAAUAAGGUGCUCCAGAUUCUUCGUUAAAAUGGGGUUCUCAGACCUAUGUUAGACCGGGUUUUCCCCUCACAGAGCCAGGAAAGAAGAGAGGGGAGUUAGGAGUACUGGGAAGUGAAACACAAACACCCUCUGGGAUUUAGUUACAAGCCUGCCACAGGUGUCACGAGGACAUGUCCUUUAGCCUCCUUCUUUUGGGUCAGUCUACCACAGGUGUCGUGGGGACUCCUCCUGUUAGUUUGUCAUUGUAGUCCUCUUACAGAUAGAUGAUCUGCUUGUGUUUGCACAGCACUGGAUGGGCUCUAUAUUGGAAGCAGCUUCUGCAGCUGGUAAGCUUUAGUAGAGUUUAUGCUUUUAAGGUAAGUGAGAACAUUUUUGCACUCACAUAGCCCACAGGCUAUUUGCAGGUGAUCUCUGAGGUACAUCCUAGACUGGGGGUAUCAUUCGUUUACAGACAUACCACAUUUAUUACCUAGACUGUUUGUUUUAUCUCUGGGUCUAGUGUUUAACAAGAAAUAGUUUUAGGCACAUUAGGACUCUCUUUGUAUGUGAAAAUGUGUGCAUUAGUACUUUUUAAUUUUAUUUUUAUUUAGCAUUAGUUUUUUUAGCAUUCUCAUGUUAGCUUGCACCAGGAUGGUCUAUGCAAUUCAUUUUUAUUUUGCUCUCCAGUAGGGCUGCACGAUUAAUCACGAUUAUAAAAUUCAAAUUGCGGGAGUAUGCGUUUUUUUAUUUAAAAAAAAUCCUCAGAUGUGGCUGUACUGCAUUGAUUUGUAAUUGAUUUCUUUCAAACCAGCUUCAUCUAGUCGUUGCUUUUAGCACACAUUUGUAAAAUGGCUGUUUUACUUUCACUUUCUACAAACGUGUUCUGUUUGUAUCUCAGUAGCAGCCAAUCAAUCUAUGUCUAAAAGCAGAGCCCAUGCAGGAAAAUGAAGAGGAGGGAAAGCCACUUACUUAUAUUUCCCGCUAGGGACGUCUGCAGUCUGAAACUUAGGGUAUGUAAUCAUUAUGGAACCUCCCACACAAUCUCGUUCUCUCUGAGAAACGGCUCAAAUACAUAGCAGAUGCAGUUAACCCCACGGCUGCCAAAAAGGCUUUUUUAAUGUACAGUUUAAUGCAUUUUUAUUGAGAAAUGUAUGUUUAACAGUUAUUUAAAAAAAAAAUUGCGAUUAAAAUUGCAAUUGCGAUAUUUCAUGCCCAAAAUCGCAAUAUUCCUUUUUUCCCAUAUCACCCAGCCCUACUCUCCAGACUAAUGAUUGUGCAUUUUGCCUUUUUUCUUCAUAGUGUAAGCUGACUCUUUAAUGAGUUAUUUUAUUAUCUUUAUUCUGCAGUGCGGCAGUUAAUUUUUGUCGCCACCCUAGAAUUUGCGUGCUCCUGUUCCCCUUAGUGUGCACCGCCCCCUUCCUGUCUCUCGCUCCUGACUCGGGACAGAGCAGUUUACUUUCUUGCUAUUUCAUUGGUUUAAUACAGUAGUUGGUAGCACACCAUUUAAUUUAUCUAUCCCAAUCUGUUAAACUUUAAAGCAUUAUCUGUGAAAUGUGAAUAGCGUUUCAUAAUACAGCUAUUAUUAUACUGCUACUUAUUUUGCUGCUGAGGUAAUAUUGUGAUAGUCACUGCAAGCCAGAGUUAACAAUGCUUUAUUUGUUACGCAAAGAGGGCCUUACCUAUUGCUUCUCAAUUUACAUCUCCUGUAGUUCUCAGACUUUAAUUGUUAAGUCCCUGAUAUGAAUACUCAUUCAUUUCAUAUUUGUUUAUUCCAUAUAAAUUUUAUGCUUUAUAUAAUAAAAUGAGUUAGUAGUUAUA